UGUUACUCCUGUCCGGCGGAAUUCUGGGUUUUGUAUGCGCGUAGACAUCUGACAGUGUGGAUGUAACACAGUUGUGCCCUGCGGUGUCUCCUCUGCUGCACAGAAAAUCGUACUGAUAAUAGAGGAGGAUGUCGGGGACUGCGAACAAUCCUUUCCAGCAUAUAGUUGAGCCUCUGGACCCCAAGAACCCAGAUCAUCAGUUUUAUAAUCUCUCCAAACUUGGAGAUCCCCGAUAUGACCGCCUGCCAUUCUCCAUCCGGGUCCUUCUGGAGUCUGCUGUCAGGAACUGUGAUGAGUUCCUGGUAAAGAGCUCUGAUGUCGAAAGUAUCCUCAACUGGAAACAGACCCAGACUCAAACUGUGGAAGUACCAUUCAGGCCAGCCCGGGUUAUCCUCCAGGACUUCACUGGUGUACCUGCUGUAGUGGAUUUUGCUGCCAUGCGUGAUGCAGUGAUGAAACUCGGAGGCGACCCAGAGAAGAUCAAUCCUGUUUGUCCGGCUGACCUCGUCAUUGACCAUUCUAUUCAAGUAGACUUUAACAGGAAGUCUGAUAGCCUUCAGAAAAACCAGGAUUUGGAAUUUGACCGCAACAGAGAGAGAUUUCAGUUUUUAAAGUGGGGCUCCAAAGCGUUCAGAAACAUGCGCAUCAUUCCUCCUGGUUCAGGAAUCGUUCACCAGGUCAACCUGGAGUAUCUGGCCCGUGUGGUGUUCAAACAUGAUGGAUUCUUCUACCCCGACAGUCUGGUGGGCACCGACUCCCACACCACCAUGAUUGAUGGCCUGGGUGUCCUGGGGUGGGGUGUGGGUGGAAUUGAGGCGGAGGCUGUCAUGCUGGGGCAGCCAAUCAGCAUGGUCCUGCCUGAGGUGGUUGGAUACAAGCUGUACGGGACACCAGACAAACUCAUUACCUCCACUGACAUUGUACUCACUGUUACAAAGCACCUCCGUCAAGUGGGAGUGGUGGGGAAGUUUGUGGAGUUCUUUGGUCCAGGUGUGGCUCAGUUGUCCAUAGCUGACAGAGCCACCAUCGCCAACAUGUGUCCAGAAUACGGAGCCACAGCAGCCUUCUUCCCCGUGGAUGAGGUCAGCAUUCAGUACCUUGAACAAACUGGACGUGAAGCAGAAAAGCUGGCCUACAUCACAAAGUACCUGAAAUCAGUGUCCAUGUUCAGAGACUACAAUGAAGUCUCUCAGGAUCCAGAUUUUACUCAGGUUGUAGAACUGGAUCUGAGUAACGUUGUCCCCUGCUGCAGUGGCCCAAAAAGACCCCAGGACAGAAUUCCAGUUUCUGAAAUGAAGAAAGACUUUGAAACAUGCUUAGGAGCAAAGCAAGGUUUCAAGGGUUUCCAGGUGGCCCCAGAGCGUCACAGCACUGUGGUUCCCUUUGAGUUCAAUGGGAAUAAUUAUCAGCUCAGCCACGGCUCAGUGGUGAUCGCUGCCAUCACCAGCUGCACCAACACCAGCAACCCAUCUGUCAUGCUUGGAGCUGGACUCCUGGCCAAAAAAGCGAUAGAGUGUGGCCUGAAUGUGAAGCCAUACAUAAAAACCAGUCUGUCACCGGGCAGUGGAGUGGUCACAUACUACCUGAAGGAGAGUGGUGUCAUGGACUACUUGUCUCAGCUGGGCUUUGAGGUUGUGGGCUAUGGCUGCAUGACCUGCAUAGGAAACAGCGGACCACUCCCAGAGCCGGUGGUGGAGGCCAUAACACAGGGUGAUCUUGUGGCUGCAGGAAUUUUGUCAGGGAACAGAAACUUUGAAGGGCGAGUCCACCCAAACACCAGAGCCAACUAUCUGGCCUCGCCACCUCUUGUCAUCGCUUAUGCAAUAGCGGGUACUGUGAGGAUAGACUUUGAGACAGAACCCAUUGCCAUUAACUCUGAGGGAAAGGAGAUCUUUCUGAGGGAUAUCUGGCCCACACGGGAGGAGAUCCAGGCUGUGGAGAGAACAUUUGUCAUUCCAUCAAUGUUUAAAGAAGUCUACGAGAAGAUUGAGAAAGUAAAUGAACGCUGGAACUCUCUGGUUGCUCCCUCUGACAAGCUCUACACCUGGGACACAAACUCAACCUACAUCAAGUCACCGCCAUUCUUCGAGGGUUUGACUAGGGAGUUGCUGCCUCCCAAAUCCAUCAUCAACGCUUACGUGCUGCUGAACUUUGGUGACUCAGUCACCACUGACCACAUUUCACCUGCAGGAAACAUUGCACGAAACAGCCCUGCAGCUCGCUACCUGACAAGCCGAGGUUUGACUCCACGUGACUUCAACUCAUACGGCUCCCGGCGAGGUAAUGACGCCGUCAUGGCCAGAGGGACGUUCGCCAACAUCCGCCUCUUUAAUAAGUUCCUCAACAAACAGGCACCACAGACGGUCCACCUGCCAACUGGAGAAACGCUGGAUGUGUUCGAUGCUGCAGAGAGGUACCGACAGUCCGGUCUCCCUCUACUGGUUCUAGCAGGGAAGGAGUACGGCUCUGGCAGCUCCAGAGACUGGGCAGCAAAGGGCCCAUUUCUGCUGGGCAUUAAGGCAGUUUUAGCUGAGAGCUACGAGCGGAUCCACCGCAGCAACCUGGUGGGGAUGGGAGUGAUUCCUCUGGAGUAUCUACCCGGAGACACGGCUGACAGCUUGGGGCUCAGCGGCCGGGAGCGCUACACCAUCGUCAUUCCUGAGAAGCUAACACCAAGGAUGAAAGUUGACAUUAAGCUUGACACUGGGAAAACCUUCCAAGUACUGAUGAGAUUUGACACAGACGUCGAGCUUGCGUAUUUCCACCACGGCGGCAUCCUCAACUACAUGAUCCGCAAGAUGUCAGAAAACUAAAAGCUCUAAAGGAACGACUCCGCCACAUCUAAUUGUUCUAAUUCUCAGCCGCAGUUCUCCAUGGAAGAACGUCACGUAAUGGUCAACAACUAAAACCCGUCCAAACAUUAUCAAAUCAGUUCCCACGUUUGCUGCGAGGAGCCAUUUAGUGUGACCCGUUUACAGCCCGAGAGCUGUCUGAGAAUGCUGCUACAUACAUGUGAGAUGUGAAUAUUUAGACAGGAUACUGUAUGUCAGGUAGAAUGAUGCUUGAUUUAGACAUGCUAUUGGUAAGAAAUCAGCUUUUAAAUAACCAGACGUCCUCAGUGAUUUCAUCGUUUUUCAUCCACUGGGUUAGGAAUGUUUCUUCAGCUCAAACAGAGACAGUUAAAAGAAACAUACAAGUAGUUAAUUAAGUGUCAUUAGGUGCUUUUCCAUCCAUAUACUGUAUGUUUAUGAGUUCAGGAAUGUUGCAGAAAACCUGUAAGUGCAAUGGAAAGAGAUUUAGUGACUAAUUGUGUUUGUAUGUGCGAACCAAAUAAAGGACUGCAAUGUUCAAUGAAUUAACACAAGAAACAAAUGUAGAUAUAUAGAUAUAUACAUAUAAAUCUAUAAAUGUGGUACUUAAAAUGAGAAACACUAAUAGAAUUUAUGAAGAGCUGCAGAGAGCAAUGUUAAAGACUGUCGAAACAUAAUAUGAUGUGGUUCAUAGGUUUAAAUGCUAAAGGUGCUUCAAGGCUUUUACAAAAUGCAGCCUCAGUUAUGUUACUGUGUAAAAUACUAAAUCCAACUGCUUAAUGUUAAAACCAUAACGAUGCUGAAGAACCCACUGUUAAUUUUCACACAACAGCAGUGGAUGGAAACACGCAUACAUUUGCAUCAAGUUUUGUUCAAAUUAGUGAUACUGUGUUGGGAAUAUUAAGAAUAUUUCUAGCAAUUAGGAGGAGAAAGUUGUUUAGUAAGUGCUUGUGUAUAUCAGGGUUCCUACAGGUUUCUACAAGUUACAUUUAAGACUUUUUAAGACUACUUAAAACAGAAUUUAAUGCCUAUUUCUCUGCUAUACUGGCAAAAAAAUGUGUGACCCCCAGAAUUUAGGAAAAUAUCUUUAUUUACAUCAGCAGUGAUUGAAUAUUAUAUACAUACUUUACACAGAAAUGAAUGUUCUGUGAUCAUCUCUCACCGGAGGCUGCAAAGUUAGUGAUAGUUUCUAAUUUCACUAUAAAUUGUCAAGUUGGAAUGGGUGGAACUGAGCAGACUAAUGUUAGUUUCUUUGCAGCUUGGAUAAUUAACAGACAUCUAAACAACACAGCCAACAAGUUUAUGGCAGCAUAACUUAAGACCUACCAUAACAAAUUUAAUAGCUUUUAAAGACUUUUUUGAGGUAUUAAAUUCAGAUUUGUAAAUUCGAGACUUUUAAGACUUUUUUAUGACCUCGCGAGAACCCUGGUAUAUGUUGUUUGUUUCCUCUUUGAGCUGAAGACGUUUCCUCUCAGAGGAUGAUAAAGAUCUGUUCUCUUCUGUCAGUCCUUCCUGCUGUUCUGUGCUUUAACCUCUGUUUGUCUUUGACGUUUAACUGUUCUGAUAGAGCACUAGUUGGUCUAUGAAAGUUCCUCUUGGGUCCUGCACUAACACAUUCCUUACAUUGCCCUUGUGCCCUGAGCGUUGGCCUCUCACUCACAGCCAAACACGUCCUGUUUUUAACAUACAUGCCUCCUUCAUCCUCAGCCAUUCCAGAUUUUAAUGAUUUAAUGAUGAAUUGACUGCCUUAAGAACUUAUGCGCACUCGCAUCCAUUUACAGACCUUUGUCUUCUCGCCUAUUUUGUCCUAAACAAAUUAAAGGUUGGCGAUAGACUGAUAUGGUUUUGUGGAAUGGUUCAUGUUUCUAUCAGACUGAAUGCAUAAUGCCACCUAAUAUUGUACUGACAAAAACAAAUAAAGUAAUUUUUCUUUUUGUUUUG